AAAUGGAAUUCAAAAUGAUGUUGAAUGACAGUUGCAGCACAGCGGUUGCAUACAGACCGAGUCUUUGAAAUGCUGCGUCAAUCCGAACAUUUGCAAUGUCGCCGAAGGCAAGCGUUUGCCAUUUUCAGCUUUAUUGUCAUCUUCUACAUUGAUUUUUCUUGUGCCGACAACCCAAACAACAAUGCUGAAGAUACUGCAAAUCCAGUCACUGCUGCCCUCCACAGGCUGAUUAUGGCUCCUUUGAAGCUUGUCACCAUGAUUCUUAAAGAACAUGGACAAACGGAUUUAGAUAAUUUAGAGAACUUGAUUAACGCCGCAAAUCAGAAAAGCCCUGAAAUACCUGUAGUUUCCGACAAUAAUGGUGGCGCUGUGCAAUCUGAUGAUGUCCAAUCGGAUAGUGUGCCAUAUCAAUAUAUGCAAAGUCAUCUUGCUACUAGAAGGAUAGGUAAUUUUUAUCGAUUUGGUGGCAGUGGUUGAGGUAUUUCGAAGGAGAUCUGAAAUCAUAGCACUAUUCAAAUAAAUGUAACGCUUUAUAUA